GCAGGCACUGCCUUUCCCAACAGCUCGCGUUUCCAGUCGCACAAUAAAAAAAAACAACACUUUUCGUUUCGAGAGGAAAACAAAUUCAAAACAGACUAAAUUUCAGGCACCUUCAGCAUGGCGGACAUGGAGGAAUAUAACCAUCCAUUGGCGAAAAUAACAUCUAUAUCCGAGGAACUGGAACGAACUCAUCUGGCCCGCGUGCCGCAGGUCCUGCAGCGAUUGGAGGACAUCCGGGAGCCGGAGGAUGAAAUGCUGCUGGCUGAAGGUAGUCGACUGAGCAAGAAACUCACUUGGGAGGACUACUAGGAAUCAACGAAAUUUUCACGUCACAAACGUAACGAGUGACACCUGCCCGAGGUGCCAAGCUGCCAAGGAGACGGGGGGGGGGGGGGGGGAGAAUCAAGGUGUUGGCCCGGCAAUUAAUGACUCGGCUCGACUUUUCACAUUCACAUUCACAUGCUCGAGCUGGGCAAACAAUGCUGAGGGCGACAACAGGAGCACGCAAGCCAAAAGGACUCGGGCUGAAAGGCACACAAAUAAAUUGUGACAAAGUUGCGGAAAUUUAAUUAAAAUCAAAUAGAGGCGGCUAAGCGAAAAAGGGGUAGCGAAUUGGCAGUCAGGUGUGACCCGAUAUAGUUGGUAACACGCUUCCAACUUGCUACGAAUAUUGCUAGUUUUCCGCGUCGUUUAAUAAACAAAAUGUAAACAAUGUUUAACAGC